UUAGCAAUUCUCUCGAAAUGCGAUUUUGCAAUUCAAAAUUAACAUCAAUCGAUAAUCGUUGUGAUGUGGCAAUAAUCUCCAAAGAUGAAGAACGUUUUGAAGUAAAACUUGUGGAAUCAGAGAUUGCUCGAGAACUAAAUCGUCUUGGAGCAUUGAGUCCUCGAUCAAUGCAAAAGAACAUUUUGGUACCAUUCACUACUCAAACAGUCAAGUAUUUGCUCGGCUUGGAAAAAGUCUCAGACAGUACCGAUGAAAUGGGAUGGUUUGGAAUUGAAAAAUCACUGGAAGAAAUUGCAGGAUUUGGUCAACAUUGUUUUCCAAAAAUUUUAGAAAUGAAAAAUACGAUUUGUGAUCAUAUUCUGUCAACGUUGUCAGAUGUGAACUGUUUUCUUCUUCACAAGAAAUUUCGCGAAUUCGAUUGCCAGAACCAUGCACACAAAACACUUGAAUAUAUUCUUUACAAUCUGGCGAGAAUGGUAGUUGUCGACAAACGGGUUGAUGUUGAAUUUUAUCGUUUACCAGUGGAAGAGGUCAAGCAUCUUUUGAGCAGUGAAGAAGUAAAUGUUGAGCAGGAGACUCAAAUUAUUGAAGUUAUCAAUCAAUGGAUUGCAGCUGAUUUUGAAAAUCGUGAUAAAUUCCGUCCGAUGCUCAUGUCAACUGUUCGAUUUUUGGCUCUGGACCAACAGAUUGCCAAAUCAUUGUCCCAAUUCCAUCCGUCACUUAAACCAGCACGCCGAACUCGAGAUGUUCUCAUCAUCAUCGGUGGAUGGCUUCAUCGACAAGCAUGUGAUAGAAUUGAAUGGUUUGAUCCGGAGAAUAACUGCUGGAAAGUGUCCCAGCAGAAGCUACCAACAACACUUGCAUAUCAUGGAUCAGCAAUUGUUGAUGGAAUUCUCUACUUGUUCGGUGGUUCGACUGGUCAGCGCACUCGUUGCGAAACAUGGAAAUUGUCAACGGAAACGUGGCAAUGGGAUCGAUGCAAUAAUAUGAUGGAACCACGAAACUACAUUUCAAACAGUUCUGUGGUGUAUGACGGGAGGAUUUAUGUGUUUGGAGGACAGAAUUUCAGAGAGAUCACUCGAACUGCAGUGAGAAGUCGUACAGGAGAGGUUUUCGAUCCAAAGACCAAUAAAUGGACUGAAACUGCAAGCCUAUCAGACAUGCGUUCCGACUGUGCUGCUGAAGUAUUUGAGAAUCAAAUCUACGUUAGUGGUGGUUUCAAUGGUGACAUGAUUCUUGCGUCUGUUGAAGUCUACAAUCCAAUUGGAAAUGUUUUCUCUCGAACUGUUGAUCUACCGUAUCCAAUAACUGGUCAUUGUCUUCUCAACCACGGUAACCAAUUGCUUAUUGUUGGAGGAUUUGAUGGUGCCGAACGACAAAACAAGAUUUGGAUGUGGCACAGAACUGGUGAAUGGCAGCAACGACCGGAGAAGUUGAUCUAUGGAAGAUCAACUAGUGCAGCAUGUUCUUACAAAGGAUGGUUAUUCUCAGUGGCUGGAUAUACGGAGAAAGUCGAAGCUACUUGUGAAAUAUUGCUCCCUGAACCGAAUGCAUCUCGAUUCAGUUUUAUUCCUGAUGUUCCUAGAGCCAAAAGUGCAUUGAACGUUUUGGUGGCACCAAAUUGGAGAAACUUUCUGGAACGUAGAGGAACAAUCAAUGAACAAUCAAUGGAAAUGGAUGAUGAUUAUGAAGAUGAUGCUGGUGCAUCGUACAUGUCAAUUAAUAAUUGAACUUUUGACAUUUUUACUCGGAAAGUAGAUAAAUGAGGUUUCAAU